GAAAACGACAAGUCAAAUAUUUGUUGUUUAGAGAGAAAUGUCAUCUUAUAACAGAAAUGUUCUUCUUUUGGUUUGAUUUUUCACAUUUUCCCAAAUAUUCCCAAAGGGCUAAACAAUUUCCAUGAAACGCUUUAUCUUUUUCUAUUUCUGUUCCUCUAAUAUAGUGUCAUUUCUAUUCAUAUUUUCCACUGCUUUAGACACUAUAUCGAACGAUAACCCCAUCAAAGAUGGACAUACCAUAGUUUCAGCUGGUGGAAACUUUGAGCUUGGAUUUUUCAGCCCUGGAAAUUCCAAGAAUCGGUAUAUCGGUAUAUGGUACAACAAUUUACCUAAAGGCAGAGAAGUAGUGUGGGUUGCCAAUAGAGUGAACCCACUGAAUGACACUUCUGGCAUAUUAACAGCCAGUAGCAAAGGGAUUGUACUACUCAAUGGAAACCAAGAUGUGAUUUGGUCAUCAAAUUCAUCAAAACGUUUGAUGAAUCCAGUGGCUCAGCUUUUGGACACUGGAAAUCUUGUCUUAAAAGAUGACAGUUUGGUAAAUCAAAAAGACUAUGCUUGGCAGAGUUUUGAUUAUCCAGACAGUACUUUGUUACCUGGCAUGAAAUUAGGCCUUAACUUGGUCACGGGCAAGUAUUGGACUAUGUCGUCGUGGAAGAGCAGUGAUGAUCCUUCUCCAGGAGAAUAUUUGGAUCGCCUCGACACCAGUGGUUAUCCUCAAUUCUUUGUGUGGGAAGGCCCUGCAAUAAAGUUUAGCUCAGGAAUAUGGAAUGGACAUUUAUUUGUUGGAGGACCAAAUUUGAAACCAAAUCCUUAUUAUACAUUUGAGUUUGUGAACAAUGACAAGGAGAUCUACUAUAAAUAUGAGCUUAUCAAUACUUCUCUUCCUACCAGGUUGGUCUUGAAUCCAGCAGGCCUGCUUCAACGACUCUUGUGGAUCGAACGGAACCAGAACUGGUUCCUUUACUCCACUGGACAGAUGGAUAAUUGUGAUCGUUAUGCCUUGUGUGGUCAAUUUGCGCGGUGCAACAUCAAUGACUCACCUCCAUGUGAUUGUUUGAGAGGAUUUCAGCCUAAAAAUCAACAAGGAUGGGAUGCAGCAGAUUGGUCUAGUGGGUGUGUACGAAGAACUCCGUUGACAUGUGGGACAAGUGACAGGUUUCUAAAGUAUUCUAGUGUGAAAUUGCCAGAUACACGCCAUUCCUGGUUUGACAAAAGCAUUGGCCUAGAGGAAUGCCAAAUGCUGUGUCUGAAAAACUGUUCGUGUACAGCAUAUUCCAAUCUUGAUGUUAAAAAUGGCGGGAGUGGGUGCUUACUUUGGUUUAAUGAACUCGUUGAUAUCAGGGAAUAUGCUGAACUUGAUCAAGAUCUCUAUGUAAGGAUGGCUGCAUCAGAAUUAGGUUCAGGCUAUAUGGGAAACACAAGAAUAUCAGUCAUUGCAAUUAUAUUAACAGUUUCAGCAAUCAUCCUUGUUGGUUUUCUAUUUUGGUUUGCUAUGCAGAGAAAGAAAGGGGAAAGAGGAGUAGGAGAAGGAGAAGGAAAGGAAGAUAUGGAAUUACCUUUGUUUGAUGUGAUGACUGUUUCUGCUGCAACUAAUAAUUUCUCAUCUGCUAAUAUCAUUGGAGAGGGUGGUUUUGGAUCUGUUUAUCGGGGAAAACUAUCAACAGGACCAGAAAUAGCAGUAAAGAAGCUCUCCAAACAUUCCGGACAAGGUUUUGAAGAGUUGAAGAAUGAAGUUGUUCUGAUUUCCAAACUUCAGCAUAGAAAUCUAGUUAGGCUUCUAGGCUGUUGUCUUGAAGGAGAAGAAAGGAUGCUAAUUUAUGAAUAUAUGCCAAACAAUAGCUUGGACUUCUUCAUCUUUGAUGAAUGCAGGAAGAAACAACUUCCCUGGGAAAAUCGUUUUCGUAUUGCAAUGGGAAUAUCAAGGGGCAUUCUUUAUCUUCACCAGGACUCCAGAUUAAGGAUCAUACACAGAGAUCUAAAGACCAGCAACAUUUUACUGGACAGUGAAUUGAAUCCCAAAAUUUCUGACUUUGGACUGGCUAGGAUUAUUGGUGGUGACCAAAACGAAGCAAGAACAAAGCGAGUAAUAGGGACAUAUGGCUAUAUGUCUCCAGAAUACGCAGUUGAUGGGAAAUUUUCAGUGAAAUCAGAUGUCUUCAGUCUUGGUGUUCUUCUACUAGAAAUAGUCAGCGGAAGAAAGAACAGAACAUUUCAUCAUCCAGAUCACCAUCAUAGUCUUAUAGGACAUGCUUGGUUAUUAUGGAAUAAAGGGAAGGCUUUGGAACUAAUCGAUGAUUGUUUAAAAGAAUCGUUUGUGGAAUCCCAAGUCCUAAGAUGUGUUCAUGUGGCACUGUUAUGUGUUCAACGACUAACAGAUGAAAGACCAACAAUGUCAUCCGUGGUUUUCAUGUUGAGCCAUGAAGAAGUGGCAUUACCUCAACCAAAGGAGCCUGGUUUCUUCAUAGAGAGAAGUAUAGCUGAAACAGAUGAUUCAAAUGAGAAAAGAUGUAUCAGUGACAAUGUUUUGACAUUAACAAUUCUUCAACCAAGAUAGCAAUGGCGGAACCAGAAAUUCAAGAACCUUCUAUUGUAUAAAGGUGAUUCAACAACUAAUGUAUAUACAAUACAGAAAUUCUGUUCAUCCCUGUAUGUACAGCAAAAUAUUUUGACGAAGGGGCUUCAAUUGAACCCCCUCUAGACCAUGCAGCUCCGCCCCUGAUUGUUAUUGGACGAGCAUUUACUAACAUGCUUACACGGAACAAUUGUGUAUAUCUUUCCGAUAUUUGAUUAAGACUCAAGAGCCAUCGGGACCAUUGUGUCAAGUUGUGCAAAUUGUCAGAACAUGAUGGAAAUGGACAUAUAAGUUGUUACACAGUAUAAUGACUAAUAGUAGAUCUGAAUGGCUAAAUGCUAGCCACUGACUUUGUUGAGCAAUUAUUUUUCCUCAGGACUACAAAUCAACAUCAUGUCCUGGGGGAGUGUAUCUUUGCAAUCACAUUCAUCAUAUCUUUUUCCA